CAACAAAACACUUUUUUACGAGUUAUCGCGCUAAUCAAUUCUAUUUGCACCCGUUAUCAAACUCUCCAUCCGCUGUUAGUUUGAACAUCCCGAACAAUCGUAGGAUAGCAUGGAAGAAACUCCCACGACUAUCAAUUCAACAGCGUUUUAAAUUAUACAAACAAUUAUCAAAAUCACGUUUGACUUUCCUCGUCGUACUUACCAGUAUGGCUGGGUACGCACUUUGCCCGGAUUCGCCAGCGAUUGGAUAUAAGGAAGAACUCACAACAUUGCUCAGUACAGCGGGUGGUGUAGCACUCUGCUCAGCAUCUGCAAAUGCUCUCAAUCAGAUGCUAGAAGUACCACUCGAUUCUCAGAUGGCUCGCACACGUGUUCGUCCACUUUGCACCCGCUUGAUGUCACCCAUCCAUGCUGUCGUCUUUGCAGGCGUAACUGGACUUGCAGGUGUUGGUCUUCUCGCUACGGGCGUCAACGCACCUUCAGCAGCACUUGGCGCGGCAAAUAUAGCACUCUAUAGUGGAAUUUAUACACCACUCAAGCGAGUACAUAUCAUUAACACCUGGGUGGGUAGCAUCGUUGGCGCUAUACCUCCUCUUAUCGGUUGGACGGCCUCUUCUGGACGACUCAUCCCAGAUAGCCUCGAUUGGAAGGAUAUUGGCGCAAUUUCAGCUCUUCCUUACGUUCUUUAUACCUGGCAAUUCCCGCAUUUUAACUCACUCGCUCACCUUCUUCGUCCACAAUAUGCUAGCUCAGGAUAUAGCAUGUUGAGCGUGAGUAAUCCCCUUAAGAAUAGCAUAGUAGCUCUUAGACAUGCUUUCAUCAUGCUUCCAUUGACGGCAGUUCUAUUCCCGUGGUCCGGAUUGACGACGUGGAAUUUCGCAUUCACUUCAACAGCUAUAAACGCUCCAUUUGCAUACCUCUCCUGGGCAUUCUAUAGAGAAAUAAAGAAGAAUAAUCCAGGUGAUGUAGCUGCUAGAAGGCUCUUCCACGCGAGUUUGAUUCAUCUCCCUCUCACACUCGUAUUGGCAAUGUAUCACAAGCGAAACUCUAAUCACAUCGACAAUUACAUGAACAAUAGUAUUACAACAAUAGAUAGCUAACUGUAUUAAUAUAGAAACAUUUUUAAUCACAAUUUCG